GGCGCCGCGAAGAUGGUCGCCAAGCAGCGGAUCCCUAUGGCCAACAAGAAGCACAGCAAGAACAUCACCCAGCGUGGCAACGUCGCCAAGACCUCGAGAAAUGCCCCCAAAGAGAAGGCAUCUGUAGGACCCUGGUUGCUAGCGCUCUUCAUUUUUGUUGUUUGUGGCUCUGCAAUUUUCCAGAUUAUUCAAAGUAUCAGGAUGGGCAUGUGAAGUGACUGACCUUAAGAUGUUUCCAUUUUCCUGUGAAUUUAACUUGAACUCAUUCCUGAUGUUUGAUAUCCUGGUUAAAAAUAAUUCAGUAAAGCAUCCUGCCUCAGAAUGACUUUUCAUAUCAUCCUUCAUGUGUCAUUCCGAGGUUUCUUCAUCAGUCAUUCUGAGUUUUCUAGUCCAUACCACAGUGCCUUGCAAAAGCACCACAUGAAUAAAGCAGUUAAAUUUGAUUGUUAAGCUUCAGUAGUGGGCCCUACUUAUUCAGUCAGUAAGAAGUAAGUUUUUCUAUGUGAUUGUUCAAAACAGGAUAGAUAAUUAGAUCAAAUC